AUGAAGAAGUCGUACGCAGCGUCCACAUUUUCCUUCGAAACCACGACCACGGAAGCAUUCCGUCAUGACACAACACGAGAUACACUGGUGAAUGACGACUGUAACGAUAUACCUCCGCCAUAUACUCUAAUCUCGGGCGACACGAAUACACUCACGCAAGACGACGGACGCGUGCGCUUGGACGUCAACUCGAAGCUCGCCCGCACUUUGUCUGUACUGAUCAAAAACAACGCCGACUAUGUACCACCACUGAAGUAUGAAGAACCAUUCCUCGAACAGCCAGAAGGACAGCUACCACUCAACAUUGUGAUUCAGAUUGUCGGUAGCCGAGGAGAUGUCCAGCCUUUCAUCGCUCUAGGCAAUGAACUACAAAAAUCUGGUCAUCGAGUAAGGCUGGCGACUCACGACAUUUUCCGCGACUUUGUCACACAAGCUGGUCUUGCAUUCCAUCCCAUCGGAGGCGAUCCCAACGAACUCAUGUCAUAUAUGGUCAAGAAUCCCGGGCUGAUACCUAGCAUGAAGACGAUGCAAGCAGGCGAGAUUUCGAAAAAGAGAGAGAUGAUAAGUGAGAUGCUUGAAGGCUGCUGGAGGUCAUGUAUCGAGCCGGAUGAAGUCACAGGAACUCCAUUUGUUGCCGACGCCAUCAUUGCAAAUCCGCCCAGUUUCGCACACAUCCACUGCGCCCAAGCAUUAUGCAUUCCUGUACAUCUUAUGUUCACAAUGCCCUGGACGGCGACAAAGAGCUUCCCACAUCCGCUUGCCAACAUUCAAGAUAACAAAGCAGAGCCUAGUAUGGUCAAUCGGCUCUCGUACGCCAUGGUCGAAUGGAUGACUUGGCAAGGUCUGGCAGAUGUGGUGAAUAGUUGGCGCGAAACAAUGGAUCUUGAACCGGUCCCGACGACCGAAGGCCCUUUUCUCGCUUACACGCAAAACAUACCCACGACCUAUUGCUGGUCAGGAGCUCUCGUUCCAAAGCCUGCAGAUUGGGGACAGCAUAUUGAUGUCUGUGGUUUCUUCUUUCGAGACAUGCCAAAUUACAAGCCGCCUCAAGAUCUACAAGACUUUCUAGAAGCUGGACCGACACCCAUCUAUAUUGGCUUCGGCAGUAUCGUUCUCGAAGAUGUAGAGACUAUCUCUGACAUUAUCUCCGAAGCUGUCAGUAACACUGGCGUUCGUUGCAUAUUGUCGAAAGGCUGGGCUGGUUUGUGUAACGUGUCUGGUUCGCCGAACAUACUCGAGGUUGGAGAUUGUCCGCACGAGUGGCUAUUUCAAAAGGUAUCAGCUGUCGUACACCAUGGAGGAGCAGGAACAGCUGCUUGCGGUCUGAAGAACGGUCUUCCAUCUCUAGUGUGUCCCUUCUUUGGCGAUCAACCAUUCUGGGGAGAAAUGAUCCAUGCGGCCGGCGCAGGUCCAGCACCAAUUCACCACAAAAGCCUUACUCCAGAAAAUCUCAGUGAAGCCAUUCGAUACCUCACUACACCAGAAGCACGGCUGGCCGCUCGUAACAUAGCUCAUUGUAUGUCGACAGAAAAUGGUGUCAAGGCAGCAGUCCAAUCCUUUCAUCGUAAUUUACCUCGCGAGACGACCCGCUGCGACAUCCUGCCGCACUUGCCCGCUGUCUGGACAUACAAGCUUUCUUCAAAAAGGACCAUCAAGCUCUCAAAACUGGCUGCAGAGAACUUACUCGAUCACCUCAAGAUCGAUGGCAAGAAGCUUGGUAUAAAUGAGGUCAAGAGCUAUAUUAUCGAAAAUCGCCGCUGGGAGCCUUUGACCGGCGCUGCAAGUGCUGCUAUCGGCACACUUUACAGAUCAGGGAUGGCGAUUGGCGAUGGCUUUAAGAAAGACAAGAAAGACAAGAAAGACAAGAAGAAGCAGAAAUUGCUGCAGGCCGGACAAACUUGUACAUCCGAGUCCGGUAUAUCAACACCGGAACUCGCCAGUCGUAGCACUUCUCUGCAAUUCUCAGCAAGCGACAACGACUACACAUCAAUCAUCUCCUCCUACUCCGAUAGCAACGAUACACAAUCCAAGAAGCCCGAGGACAAUCAGAACCACAUUGCCCGAGGUUUCGGCAAAGCAGGAGCGACAUAUCUCAAAGGCAGUCUAGUAGACAUCCCCUUCGCCCUGGCCGAAGGCCUUCGAAACGCCCCCCUCAUGUACGGCGACAAGCCCCGCGACCUCGGCACCGUGACCGACUGGAAAAGCGGCACCGCAAUAGCAGGCAAAGGCCUUUUCUAUGGUAUCUACGACGGUAUCACUGGCUUGGUCACAGAGCCCGUCAAGGGUGCAAAAAAAGAAGGGGCGGUCGGUGCAUUGAAAGGCUUUGGAAGAGGGUUGGGAGGUAUUUAUUGGAAACCUAAUGCUGGGUUGGCGGGGUUGUUGGGAUAUACGGUACAAGGAGUUUACAAGAGUGUUUAUGGGGCUUUGCAUACUGCGACGAGAAAGAGAAUUGCGAAAGCGAGGAGGGAGGAGGGGGUGUGGUUGCUCAAGAAGGCGAGGGAGGAAAACAGUGUUGAUCUCAGGGAAAUCAUUGUCGCUUUUGAGGAGUUGCGAAAGGAUGGGUUUAGCUGA